CCUCGUCGGGAUCCGCCGCGGGGCGGGGCUAAGAUGGCGGCACACAGCCGGUAGCUCAUGCGUCGGGUGGUGUGUGUGGGGAACCGGCGCGAUGUCGGGCCGCCAGGGGAACAAGCUGCCCAGCAACCUGCCUCAGCUGCAGAACCUCAUCAAGCGCGACCCCACGUCAUACACCGAGGAGUUCCUGCAGCAGUACCACCACUAUCAGUCCCAUGUGGAGAUCUUCACCUUCCAGCCGGAUAAGCCCAACAAGGAGCUGGCGGAGCUGGUGCUGUUCCUGGCGCAGGUUGCACACUGCUACCCAGAACACAUGGCCAACUUCCCCCAGCAGCUGAAGGAGCUGCUCUCGUACCACCACACGGUGCUGGAUGCUGACCUUCGAAUGACCUUCUGCAAGGCUUUGAUGUUGUUAAGAAACAAGAAUCUGAUCAAUGCGACAAGUUUGCUGGAGCUCUUCUUUCAGCUGCUGAGAUGUCAUGAUAAGCUUCUGCGAAAAACACUGUAUACUCACAUUGUGACAGACAUCAAGAACAUAAAUGCUAAACACAAGAACAAUAAAAUAAAUACAACACUGCAGAACUUCAUGUAUACUAUGCUGAGAGACAGCAAUCCAACUGCUGCCAAGAUCUCUCUGGAUGUGAUGAUUGAACUCUACAGAAGGAAUAUUUGGAAUGAUGCCAAAACAGUAAAUGUCAUCACAACUGCCUGCUUUUCCAAAGUGACAAAGGUAUUAGUUGCUGGUUUGAAGUUCUUCCUUGGGAAGGAUGAAGAUGAGGAACAAGACAGUGACUCAGACUCUGAGGAUGAUGGCCAGACAGCCAGAGAUCUGAUGGUGCGGUAUGGAACUAGCAAGAAAACCAGCAAGCGCAAGAAGAAACUGGAGAAAGCAAUGAAGGUUCUCAAGAAACACAAGAAGAAAGGCAAGCCAGAGGUGUUCAACUUUUCUGCUAUUCACUUGAUUCAUGAUCCCCAGGAUUUUGCAGAGAGACUGCUGAAGCAGCUGGAGAACUGUAAGGAACGAUUUGAAGUGAAGAUGAUGCUCAUGGACCUAAUAUCCAGGCUAAUUGGAAUACACGAGCUUUUUCUUUUCAACUUCUACCCCUUCAUUCAGAGAUUCCUGCAGCCCCAUCAGAGAGAAGUGACAAAGAUUCUUCUGUUUGCUGCACAUGCUUCGCACCAGCUGGUACCACCUGAGAUUAUCCAAUCAGUUUUGAUGACCAUUGCCAACAACUUUGUCACUGACAAGAAUUCUGGGGAGGUCAUGACUGUAGGAAUCAAUGCAAUAAAGGAAAUCACUGCAAGAUGUCCAUUAGCCAUGACUGAAGAUCUGCUUCGUGACCUCGUUCACUACAAAAAUCAUAAAAAUAAAAAUGUGGUGAUGUCUGCGAGAACUCUGAUACACCUUUUCCGUUCCCUGAAUCCUGAGAUGCUGCAGAAGAAAUUCCGGGGUAAACCUACUGAGGCCUCGGUGGAAGCCAGGAUUCAUGAAUAUGGAGAACUGGAUGCCAAGGACUAUAUUCCAGGGGCAGAAGUACUGGAGGUUGAGAAUCAAGAAGAAAAAGGAGGAAACCAAGAAGAUGGAUGGGAAAGUGCUAGUAUGAGUGAGGAGGAUGACAGUGAAGAUGGGGAGUGGAUUGAUGUGCACCACUCUUCGGAUGAGGAGCAGCAAGAAGUGGCAGAGAAGGUCAAAAGCAUGCCCAUAGAGGAACGGAAAGCCAAAGCUGCGGCAGUCAGUACAAGCAGGCUGCUAACUCAGGAAGACUUCCACAGAAUACGUCUUGCCCAGCUCUCCAAGGAAAUCAGUUCUGCACCGGGCAAAGCUAUAAAGAGGAAAAAUAUUGAAAUAGAUGAUGAAGAGGAGCGCAGAGGAGAGCUGCUUUCACUCAGAGAUAUCGAACAUCUCCAUAAGAAGCCAAAGUCAGACAAGGAGACAAGACUGGCAACUGCAAUGGCUGGAAGAACCGAUAGAAAAGAAUUUGUGAAAAAGAAAAAAAGAUUGAAUCCCUUCGCCAGCUCAACCAAUAAAGAAAAGCAAAAGCAGAAGAACUUUAUGAUGAUGAGAUACAGCCAUAAUGUCCGGACCAAAAAUAAGCGUUCUUUCAGGGAAAAACAGCUGGCUCUCAGAGAUGCGCUCCUGAAAAGGAAAAGGCAGCUGCUGAAAUAAAACAGUAAAGGAAAGAAGUAGUUCUCACCCUGCAAGAAACAACUCUAGAAAUACUUGUUUUCUCCUCUCCCAAGGAAGCAGAGGGGGAAAAAAGAAAAGAAAAAGGAACUGAAUUGUGCUGUGGAUUCAUUUUGAUUCCUCUCUACUCUGUUCAGAAUUAGAAAUUGAACGCUGCCAAGUUGGAUAUUGCAUCCAUAGGACACUGAAGAGGCCUUAAUCCUCGUAGGAUUUUUGAUUUUUAAUUGCCUUUCCUACGAAGCUCUAUCUUUUUGAGUAUAAUUUAUUUACAGCUGUUCUGUGUAAGUAUGAAUUCAAACAUACAAUUUUAUUAUUAAAAAAAAUCUUUUAAUUGAUUAAAUAAAUGAAGAGGUAAUUGGAAGGAGAAAGAA